CUUUUUCGGCUUCAUCGCUACGACUUCGGCGCUGAUUCUAGAAGUAUUGUCGGAAUAAAUACUUACAUUGUCUGGUUUCGUCUGCUUCUGCUAUUCAAGUUCAUUACAACAUCUGCUAUCAUCGACUUCCAUUGCUCCGUGUCUCUUCCGGUAUCAAGGGCGUAUCCGUCUGAUAACAGAGCACGUCGAGUUAGAGAAUAACCAGUCGUUCUCUUUCUGCUUGUUUGAUUCAUUUAAGCGCCUUUAUCUUAAUAUUAUUUGCCUGUUGUGAUACUCUACUGGCGAUUACCGUCUUCUUGCCGUGGUGAGCAGCUGGACACACCGGCAUCCCCUGCUUUCCAACUUCAGCGUUUGAUCUCGCAAACUGUUGCCACCCGGCUUUAUCAUCAAAUCAGCAUCAAAGCUGCUGAAAAAGCAAGAACCUCUUGUUGAUUACAUAUAGAGUAUCUCUUUCUUCAAUCAGAAUGGCUCCAGCCAACCAACUGGUUUACCACAAAGACGAGAAAGUUCUGUGUUUUCAUCACGAGAUACUGUACGAAGCCAAGAUCCUCGAUAUCAGGCAUACCGCUCAAGAGGACAAGAAGAGCCCACUGGAGUACGCAGUGCACUAUAAGGGCUGGAAGAGCACUAGAUGGGAUGACUGGGUACCCCAAGAUCGUCUCCGGAAAUUCACAGACGAGAAUAGGGAAUUAGCCACGACUCUUCGUCGUGAAGCGGAGUCGGCCUUUCGUCAAAGAAACGCAAAGCCCACCCCUUCUUCUAAGAGACGUGGAGGUUCCGACCGCAGCUCCGCCCGGGGCAGCGAAGAACGGCAGAUGUCUGUCCCUGCCCGCGGGACCAAGAGGGGGCGGGACAAUGAGAUUGAAAAAGAGGAUAGUUUCUAUAGUCGGCCCUCAGUGAGGAUUGUCAUGCCAGAUAACCUUAAGUCUCUCCUUGUGGAUGACUGGGAAAAUGUGACCAAGAAUCAGCAGGUGGUUGCAUUGCCAGCCAAGGCCUCAGUCAACCAGAUCCUUGACGAUUACUUCAAUGAAGAGAAGCCGAAACGGGCUACCUCGGCUGAUUUGGACGUUCUUGAGGAAGUCAUCACGGGCAUCAGGGAGUACUUUGAUAAAUCCCUCGACAAGAUCCUGCUCUACAGAUUCGAGCGUGAACAGUACCGUUCUCUCCGCAGCAAGUGGGAGAAUGGGUCGGGCAACUUCGCUGAUAAGGGUCCUCUGGAUAUUUACGGUGCAGAGCAUUUGACCCGGCUUUUUGCUACGAUGCCAGAACUCCUGGCACAAACGAACAUGGACCUCCAGUCCACCAACAGAUUACGGGAAGAGCUCUCCAAGCUCACAAUCUGGCUGAGCAAGAGUUCAGACAAGUAUUUCGCAACCAAGUAUAUGACCGCGAGCAACGAGUACAUUGAAAAGACACGAGGCGUUCCCAAUCCGAACCCGGGGACGGCAACGUCGCGUUUGCUCUGAGGUGGUUCCUUUUUUAUUAUUGGAGUUGUGCGAUGGGAGUUUUACUUGUGGAGGAGGUUCCGGUUCUUUUUUGACAUUCUGUAUGAUUUGUGUUGGUUCUAAUAGUAUUGUUGUAUGCUUCUGCAACAGUUUAAUGGUGUUCACACAUACAACUUGUUUUUGUAACAUUAGAUCUAGUUUUCUGGGGAAAUGCAU